AACCAAGUCACGCGUGAAGUGGUCAUUCAAUACAGUGACUUUAAUCGACCUUUUAUCCAAAACCAACCAAUCACCAUYAAGCAGUGCUUUGUUCCAUCUGUGCAAUCAAGCAACAACAGAYGGGGCAUUUUGAUUGCUAUUAUUCCAGUCAGCUGUAAUUUAGCUUGUGGCUGCCUGAUUCUAUGAUCACGCAACUUUUAUAUAAAUAUCACUUUCAGUGAACAUUUGACAAAGUAAAAAUAAAUUAAAAAGUAGUCAGUAURCAGACAGAUUUCUAAAUGACGCAGUGUUGCCCAGCUGUACUAUGACGUCAUCACAAUAACAGGUGUUACGCAAUUUGACGAGGAAACUGCCGAGUGAAAACUGGACUGCAAAAGACGAGGAAUAUGACAGAAGAAACGAUAAACUUCYCUUUUAAAGAGAAAACACUUUACGUGCGAUUCAAUAAAAUCCGUGAAUAUAGAUGUUGAUGUCAACAUAGUUGUAGCUAUAUUUGGGACACGAAUACGACAGUCUGUUUUUGUUUGACAUCAGCAAAUGAGAAUCGAAUUUUGUUUUAAGACAUCUGCUUAAAACAUAUUCCGAAAAAAAUGUUUCCUCCUUGGCUUAAAAGUGAUUGUAAAGAUAAAUUUCUUUACGCAAGUUCAAAACAAACUUUUAGAACUUUUUGAAGUUCCUAGUUGAGCUGAGGACAAUAUAAAGAAAGACUAAUUAGCCGUGAGGUAGUCAUUAUCUAAAUCCAGUAUUUUUUCUCAUUAUCACUUUGUGGUGAUUUUAAAAAUGAAUACCCCAAAACAAAAAAUAAUAGCACAUGUUCAGAACUCUGUUUAUCCAAUCGAAACAAAGCAAGCCACCGCGGUAACCAAGGUGAAUGCAUGUUGAUGGUUGCGCGCAAGAACAAGAGACCUGGGCCCGGGCUAUAACUGGCAWUAUCUGGCUUCAUAUAUUGAAAUCCUAUACUUUAUAUAUCAGCUUCGAGAUGUAGUACGGCGAAUUGUCAACAGUUUCUUACAUUUUCGAGGGAAAAUGUCUACCGCUUUGCAGACUGCCCUUUAUAAUACACACGUCGGAGUUGACUAUCUCUCAAGGAAUGUUGAAUCUAAUGUGCUGCACGCGCCCGAAGUUUUGGAUCGUCUAUCGAUCUCGCAGAGGCACUUUGAUGCGUACAAAACAAGAACCUAUAGACCGCCACACGCACCGUGGGGACGCAGUCUAAGCUAUGGCGGAACUGGACCAAUCAAUCUACCCGACCAACAUCGACCAAAACAAGAACCACCGACAAGGGUUCAGAAAGGGCACCGACACUUCGGCGGGGGCGUGGUGCCCAUUCCCUGCAAUCUACCUAUACAGCAGUAUUACGAUUUAACCUUACUUAAGAAAAGUAACCUAAGAAGAAAUGACGAGCUCAUACCAGAUCCACAUAAACUAGAUAUUGGGAAACAUGCCAUACAACUGAAGUUCCCGUCAGAGCACCCAUAUCACUCUCAUAUUCCCAAAUGUGCACUGUUUCCAAACUUCGAUUCCCCGGAUGACGUUAGGAAAGGAAAGAACGUCAUCAUGACGUCAUCUACACUUCCACCUACUGCUGCUGCUUCGGCCCCAGACCCCGUCGUAGUCCAGAAGACGAAGGGCCACUUUGCGCGUCGGGAAAUAGUGCAAGUGCAGAAUGAGUCCCGAAAAGAUCCUCUUAUUUGGAAUGAACAUAACUACUAUCAGGAAGACUUAGAAUUCACAACUCAACCUCUGUAA